AUGCCCUAUGGCAUGGCGAAACCUGUUGCCGAUUCAGUUGACAGGAGAGAGAAUGCCGCUGGCUUUGUACAGGAUACCAGCCUCAUCAGGGGAUUCUCGCAACUACAUGAUUCAGGGACGGGAGGGAGCCCUUCGAUGGGAAACUUUCCUCUCUUCGUCCAUCCGGGAUGUCCGCUUGACGAUAUCACCAUGUGCAGCUAUGGCGUUACAACCCGUUCCGUGAUGCGCUGGCCGUAUUCGGCGCGGGCUAAGCCGGGCUACUUCUCCAUCCGGCUCAAGAAUUCCGUCGCAGCAGAGAUGACAGCUUCGGAACACGCGUCGCUGUACCGCUUCUCCUUUCCCGACAAGGAUGACUCCGAGAAUGGACAAGGCGUCGCGGUUGAGUACAGCCCGCUCAUCCUCAUUGACCUCCAGGAUCUCGACAACAGUCGCCACAACGGAGGCGUGCGGGUGGACGCAAAGGCCGGACGCAUUACGGGCGAUGGCGACUUUCGCCCUUCUUUCGGCACAGGGAACUACGAAGCCUACUUCUGUGCAGACUUCAAGGGCGCCAAGAUCCGCCGGUCUGGUACCUUUAUGGGAGACAAGCCCAACGCUGAUCGUCAAGACCUGGAAAGCGACUCGGCGGGCCAGUUUAACGUGCCAACCGGCGCCGCAGGCGGGUGGGUCCAAUUCGAGGCGCCGCGUAAGGGUGAAAUCCUCGCACGCGUAGGCAUGUCGUUCAUCUCCAGAGAGCAGGCGUGCGCCAACGCAGAGGCGGAGAUCCCUAAAUUCAACUUCGAGAAGACGGUGAAGAAAGCUGAGGAUGCAUGGGUGAAGAAGUUGUCGGUCAUCGAGGUCGAUGAGACGGACAUCGAUCCGGCGCUCCUGGUCACGUUCUGGUCGGGACUCUAUAGGACGAUGCUCUCGCCGCAAGACUACACGGGAGAAAACCAACUGUGGGACUCGAAGGAGCCGUACUUUGACUCGUUCUACUGCAUUUGGGACUCGUUCCGAGCACAGCAUCCUCUGCUGUCGAUCAUCGACCCGGUCGCACAGACAAGGAUGGUGCGCACAUUGAUCGAUAUCUACCGAUACCUUGGCAAGCUGCCAGACUGCCGGAUGAGUUUCUCCAAAGGCUUCUCACAAGGCGGAAGUAACGCGGACGUGGUGAUUGGCGAUGCUUAUCUAAAGGGCAUCACGGAUGGCGUCGACUGGGCGACCGCUUACGAAGCAGUCAUCUCUGACGCGGAGGUUGAGCCCCAAAACUGGAAUGUAGAGGGCCGAGGCAACCUGGUCAGCUACCACGAGCUCGGCUACAUCCCAUGGGACGACGUAGACCACAACGGCACAGGACGCAACACGCGCAGCAUCUCCCGGACGGUCGAGUACGCCUACGAGGACUUCACGAUCGCCCUCCUCGCCAAAGCGCUCGGCAAGGAUGCAGAUUACCGAAAGUACAUGCAGCGUAGCAAGAACUGGCGGAAUCUCUGGAAUCCAGAACAGAGCGACAGCUAUGUGCAGGGGACCCAAGAAGUAAAAUGGAGCAACUUCAAGGGCUUCCUGCAGCCUCGCCUGCUCGACGGGACAUUCACUCAACACGACACCCGACUCUGCAGUCCUGUGCACGAGAUGCACAAGUGCUACCUAGAUACACGCUGGGGCACAUACGAGGGCAGCCCGUGGCUGUACUCCUUCUACGUGCCACAGGACAUGGCGUCGCUCAUCCAGGCCAUGGGCGGAAAGAAGCCCUUUGUCGAGCGGCUGCAGUACUUUCACGAGUCGGGCAUCAUCUACAUGGGCAAUGAGCAGUCGUUCCUCCCCGUCUUCCAGUUCCACUAUGCCGGCCGUCCCGGGCUGAGCUCGUACUGGGCGCACCGCUACAUACCGUCUCUGUUCAACACGACUUAUGGCGGGAUUCCCGGCAACGACGAUUGCGCUAUGGGCGCCUUCUCGGGCUUUGCCAUGAUGGGCUUCUUCCCAGUCGCCGGGCAGGAUGUCUACCUGCUCACGCCGCCAUUCUUCAGAGAAGUCAAGAUCCGUGCCAGGAACGGGAAGUGGGCCGUCAUCAGGGUGCUGAACUUUGAUCCGACGUACAACGCCAAGUAUAUUCAGAGCGCCAAGCUGAACGGCAGGCCGUACUCUAAGAGCUGGAUCACCCACGACUUCUUUAUGAAGGGCGGUGAGUUGGAGUUUGUGAUUGGCGUCGGGGAGAGCAGCUGGGGGACGAAGGAGGACGACUACCCGCCCAGCUGGCCAUGGCCGGACGUGAAGGAGUAG